AUGGAAGGUUGCAAAGUUCUCAGCUCAAAAACUAUACCUCUUCCCGUUCGCUCUAUUACUGCUUGCGCUAACGGCAUUUUUACCAACUCUUGUCGUCCAUUGAUUAAUAAUACAACUCUUCAUGACACUCGUUCUCGCGACGUUCGUGACUGUACAGUUUGUUAUGAUAUUUGCCUUUCAAACCGACCUCAUGAGGUUAAAGACGCCGUCGGUAACAUCUCAAUUCGUAAUAAUGUUGGAACUUUUAAAGAAUCGUUUAUGAUGGUAAAGAAUGCUAUUGGCUGUUAUGUCUUGCCGGAUAGUUAUAAACCCAAUAUAUCCAGGAAGAAGGAAUGCAAAUUUGAUGUUAAUGAUAAUCGUUAUCUUAAACAAAAUGGUAUUCCUUGUGAAUAUUAUCCUUCGUCCGAAAAAUUUAAGGUUAAAACACCCGUAACUAACGAACUCAAAUCUGACGUAAAAGAAGAAUUCAAUCCUAAAGACUUCAUACUCGCGGUUAAUACACAUAACCAUAUGCAAGAUAAUCGCAAUCCUGUCCAACUUUCCUGGUCAGAAGUUGAAAAAGCCAACUCAUCCCUAAUGAGUCAACACAAACCAGGGUGUGUUCCUAAAGAUAAUAUGCAAUCUGAUCUUAAUUACAGUCAUUAUCUUCCGUCAGAAUCUGCUAAGUUUAAAGGAAUCAUGAAGAAAGAAUUCAAUCCUUACGCUAAAAAUUGGAUACCUAAAAGCAAAAAUAUUAAAAAAUUGACAAAUUUUUCUAAAUCCUCGUCAAAAUUUGGAUCUUCUGUUAAGGGUCAUACACCAGAAGCUAAGUUAGUGGAUAUUAAAGAUAAAAGGAGAGAAACUCGGAUUUUAAUAUCUAAAGAUUUCAAAAGUAACAGCAAAAGUUUUAAAACCAUCAAGAAGGUUAACAAUCUUGAAAAUGAAGUAUGUACACACAGGGUUGAUGUCAACAAUAAUAUAUAUUAUAACAGUGGUAUUCAGAUACCAAAUUAUCCAACAUGCAUCAACCCUAAAGACGUCAAUGUUGAGGACAUUACUAGCGAAAAUAAAGAACAAGACGCGACAAUGACUGUUUUAAUGCGAAAGAGAUCUAUUGACGAAGUCGAAAGCGCCGGAUCAAUCCCUAAAAAGUCAGAAUUGCAUUAUACUGGCAGUCAAGUGAUGAUUAAACCCGCGGGAACUGCGAAUUACAGUGAGGUUGCGUCAAAUGCAAAUAGUACGGUACCUUUCGUUGCGGAUGCGUCUAUUUAUUGCCUCGAGGAUUCAUUAAUCGAAUGUCCUGUUAAUAAAUUCGAUUCUCAUAAUAUAACAAAUAAGAAAAUAAUUUAUAAGGGCAAUGAAGAAACCAUAAAAAAAGUCAGAGAGGAAAUAAAAGAAAUAAAUAUUCGCGAAAAAGAAGAAAUAAAUAAUGAUCCAUCACUUAAAAUCGACAUGUCAUUUGCACAGCUAAUAACGGUCAGAGAAACAAUAGAGAACAUAAAGCGUAGUAAUGGAUUGUUCAUGGUUUCUUCUGGAACAUUCGAAGUGGCUGCGGCUUCGACAGUAAAUAUGACGAAACCACCUAUCUGGUCUGGUUUGCAUUGGGUUUCUGAACCUUCGCGAUGGCUUUGUGUCUCAAAUUUCCCAUUCGAAUCUGAAUAUUAUCCGGAUUUGAGACUUUUAUUUGAGGCAUACGGAGAUGUUCGGGAAAUACAUUGUGGUUUCAAUGGAAUUGCAUACGUCUUCUAUUACGAUAUUAGAGAUGCAAUAAAGGCGCAAAACUUGCUCAAACAUAAAGAAGCACCCCAUAAUAGAGGAAGACUCAACGUCAGGUUUGGUCAAAAACCAACAAAUAUCAAUAAUUUGGUGCACUUAUACCCAUCGAUAAACUUGCAAGAGCUUCAAAAUGAAGGUAGCCUGAUCAUUUCAUACUACGGUGCAUACGCAAGUGAAUCUGCAAUAAAAGCACAAUUCAGCAAAUGUGGAACUAUUAAAGAAUUCAAGUCACAGACUUACGAGGAUGUACGAGUAAUAACCCUCGAGUACUACGACUCGAGAAAUGCGAAUUCAGCCAAAAGGUCCUUAAAUGGACAGAAAAUACAAGGCGCGAUUUUGGCCAUAGAAUUCCAUGAUCCAAGCGCACAAUCGUGGGACAUAAUAACUAACGAAAUCUCCGGCCGUCAAAAACCACCAAAACCAGCCAUAAAAGGUUAUCCAGCGCCACCAGUAACGAGUACUGUGCACUCGUCUGGGAAUAGAACAAUUCCCUUGAGAAAUCGUAUGAAUCUCGAAAAAGUCAAGCAAGGGCUUGACGUUCGGACUACAUUCAUGGUUCGAAAUAUUCCAAAUAAAUACACGCAAGAAAUGUUGAUUGCAGAACUUAACGACACACAUAAAGGAAAAUACGAUUUCUUGUACUUGCGCAUCGAUUUCACAAACAAGUGUAACGUUGGUUAUGCAUUUAUUAACUUCGUGGAUAUCAGCGCGGUGAUUUCUUUUGCAGAAUCGCGCGUAGGUCGAAAAUGGACCUGUUUUAAUUCUGACAAAAUCUGUGAAUUGUCAUAUGCAGAUGUGCAGGGAUACCCUACACUCGUCGAAAAAUUUAGAACCUCAAGUAUAAUGAGAGAAAGACCGGAAUAUCGGCCGAAGGUAUUCUUCACUUCGGGGCCCAUGAGAGGCAUGGAAGCUCCUUUUCCAUGUUCUUUGGCCAAAAAAUAA